AAAGGCAACAGUUCCCGUCAUGGGGUCGUGCAAAAAGCGAAAAAGAGGGACUGCCGUCGAUCGACUUAAACAUUGCGACGAUCGACUUAAAAAGGGUUUUUUUUCUCUUUCGAGGUUGCCAGAUACUCCGGGGGACCGAAGAUUUCGGAGAUAUGGAAAAGACAGGCGCCUCUUCCUGCGGGUCCGGGCCAUUUCGCAGUGGAGGCGGCAGGGAGCCCAGCCUGAGCUGGAUAGACAGGAGACGUUGGUUGUUUCUUUCUUUGCGAACUGUUUUUUUGCACAGUAGUGAGGUGGAUGAUUUUGCUGAGAUCGUGGUAUAGUGGAAAAAGCGGCCAAGAAGCGGGAAAAUGCCUUACGAAACCAAGAAAUUGAUUGAAGUGCUCUCCAAGUAUGCGACUUGUGACAUGUCGGAUGCGUUGGUCAAGCACAAGCACAAAUACGGAGGCUCUUUGCCAAACCUGAAACGGUUCUCAUCGAACUCACAGGGGAAAACAAUGGUGGGCAAGGCCUACACGGUGUUGUUUGCUCCGAAGGACGAUCCAAGAGAGGCGAUUGCCGGCGGGUAUAUUGACAAGUUGCCGGAGGACUCCGUUUUGGUGAUCGCCACGACCAUGAACCUCCAGAAGAAAGACGCACCGUUUACCAAGAUGUCGAAUGCCCUCUACGGGGGCUUGAUGUCCACGAGAGCACAGUAUUUGAAGAGCACGGGGACGGUUGUCUUCGGAAGAGUCAGAGACAUCGACGAGCAUCUGGAGCUCCAUAGGGACGUGUUUUCCUACGGGCUCGGCUCAGCAGCACACGGACCUGUGGUCAAGAUGGUUGGCAUCAACGUUCCCGUCGAGGUCUUGAUCGAUGGGUACCCGGAGCCCUUCACUGAGACCAUUAACCCGGGCGACAUCAUAAUGGGCGAUGAUAACGGCGUGGUUAAGGUCCCCCACGACGACGAGUUGGAGUCAAUCCUCGAGUACAUUCCAAAGAGAGUUCAGGCGGACAAUCUAGUGAAGGAGGACAUCCUCAACGGGGAGGCUUGCAACCCUGCUCAAAAGAAGAGAAGAGCAGGACUUUGAUUCUAUUCUUCCCUUCCCUACAUAGAGCUUAUGUAAUUUUGUUAUGAACAUCGCGUUAUUGUCGAAAAGCGUCCGUCUGGAGAAGGGAGG